AUGAUGUUGACAUGUCAUUAUUCACAAUGUGGAGUUACGUUUAAAAAGUGUAGCUCCUAUAAGCAACAUAAGAGUCGCUAUCAUUGUCAACCACAUGUGCAAAAUAAUGGUGAAGAAAAUAUUGUGGAUAACAUACCAAAUAAUGUGGUUAUUGUACAAAAUGCACAAAAUAUUGGAGAUCCAAUUGUUGCACCCUUAGAGGAAUUUAAUUGGACAGCAGCUCAAUUUAUAGUUGACAUACGAGAAAAUUGUAAAGUUUCUCAAGUCGCAACGAACAAAAUUAUAAAUGGAGUAACAGAUUUAAUGAAAUUGUAUACGACAAACAUAUUAAAUGAAAUUAAAAAUCAAAGAGAUCCAAAUACAAAUUUAGUUGAUGCUAACCAAUUGGAAAGGUUAUUACAAGAAACGUAUGAUCCGACAUUGGUAUUUGAACCAAUCAAAUCUAAAUGGACAGUUUUGAAUGGAACUUAUUAUAGAGAAAACGAAGUUUUUCGACAAAUGGAAAAUCCUCUAGCCGUAAUAUUGUAUUAUGAUGACGUAGGGAUUGCAAAUCCUCUUGGAAGCCAUUCGACGACCCAAAAACUGGGAAUGUUUUAUUGGACUUUAGCAAACAUAGACCCAAAAUUACGAUCGAGUCAAAAUUCAAUAUUUUUAUUGGCAAUAGUUAAGGCAAAGUUAAUAAAAAAAUUUGGACUUGAAAAGUUACUGAAGCCAUUCAUUGAUGACAUGAAAAUAUUACGAACGAGAGGUGUUUUUAUUACAGUUGACGGCGAAGAUUUACUUUUCAAAGGUUCCUUACUAUUUUGUGCGGGGAUACUCCUGCUUCUGCUUUUUUAGGUGGUUUUAAAGAAUCAGUGUCAUCAAUUCGACUAUGCAGAACAUGUUUAGUAAGAAAAGAAGACUAGAAUACGAAUUUUAAGGAUGAGUUCACACAUUCAAAUGCAGAGUCUCAUCGACAACAUUUGGAUGCUAUAACAGAUCUAACUGCACCCAAGGCUGUUGGUUCCUUUUGGAAACGGCGUUAUGGAGUAAAUUCGGAAUCCGCUUUAUUCGAAAUUAUGGACGUGACUAAAUGUCUUCCCCAAGAUGCAAUGCAUUUAUUUCCUGAAGGUGUGACGGAAGUAACCACCAGAGCUAUUCUUUGGUAUUUUAUUAUUGAGAAAGAACUUUUAUCUGUGGAACAAUUAAAUAAAAAGAUGGAAAAUUUUAAGUUUGGUCAUUUCAAAAACAACAAACCUGGGGUAAUUCUACGUGACCACCUCAGAAGGGAUAUGAAGUUGAAGCAAAGUGCAUCGCAAACAUUGGCUCUUGCUCAUAGCCUACCGUUUUUAUUGAAUGAAUGGAUUAUAGAAGACAACAUUGAACAUUUGGAGCAUAUUUUACUUCAUGUAAGUAUGUUACAAAUUGUAAAUGUUUGCUUUUCAAAUGAAAUUCAUCGCAAUACUACGUAUGUAUUGGCAAGAAUGAUAGAAAUAUUUGAUUUAAAAUUCAAGCGUUUAUUUCCGGAAUGGCUUGUACCAAAGUUUCAUUUUAUAACGCACUUGCCUCAGUAUAUACGAAUGUUUGGUCCUGCUCGUCAGCAGUGGUGUUUUGGAUUUGAAAGAGAACACGGAUACUUCAAGCAGCUAGUGCCGGUAGUUCGAAGUUUUAAAAACAUGUCCUUGACAUUGUGUUAUCGACAUCAAGCGCGACUUUGUUUUCAACUCGCUACAUUCCGUGGAAGAGAAUCCAAAAAAUUCUUAUAUCAGGGAGAUGAAAUCACUAUCGGUCAAAGAGUGCUAUUGAGAAAUUUGCCGCAUAUGGAAUUACUUUUCGAUUUUAUUCCACAGGAUGAAAUAGAAACUUUUAAUAUUUCUCGCUGUCUUCGAGUGAAAUCGCAUGGAACAAAAUAUAAAGAAGGAUCAAUUAUUUUGUUAGAAUGCGAAGAAAAUUCACUCCCCAUAUUUGGAGUGAUUAAAGAAAUCUUUGUUAUCGACGACAUAAUAUUGUUUUGUUACAUUAAAUUAGAUACGAUACACUACAAGGAAACUUUAAAUAGUUACAAAAUUAAUAAACCUUGUAUUAUCUCUCAAAAUGUAAUUAGGCUAAAGGAUCUAAUAUAUUUCCACAUCCGAUUCCUGAAUUUAAAUUUGAAAACAGCAAAUAUGUCUUUUUACUCGAUCACGAACGUACAGAAUUUUACGGAUGAUAUACUUAUAUUGUAAAUUAAAUAUAAAAGCCUAAAUUGUACACAUUUUAUUAAGAAAACUUAAUAUUGUUUAGAUCAAUAAAAUAUACUUUAACUAUUUA